AUGUAUCCACAUCAACAUCAUACAUUCCAAGGAAGAAAGCUUACAGAUCAGGAAAGAGCACGUUGCCUAGAAUUCCAGGAAAAUAUCCAUUAUUCUCCACGUUACUCAGAUGAUACACACGAAUAUAGACAUGUCAUGCUACCGAAAGCCAUGCUAAAAGUUAUCCCAUCAGACUAUUUCAAUUCUGAAACUGGUACGUUACGUAUUUUAACAGAAGAUGAAUGGAGAGGGCUUGGUAUCACACAAUCUUUAGGUUGGGUUCAUUUUGAAUGUCAUGCUCCAGAGCCACAUAUUUUGUUAUUCAAAAGACCAAUCAACUAUGAAGCUGAACUAAGGGCUGCUGCUGCUCAGCAAUCUCAACAACAAUGA